AGUUGAUCAUUCUACCUCCGUAGGCGCUUUGGUUGGACGAAACGUUGGUCCAGUGAACAGGCUUUCCCGGUCAAAGAAGAUGGUUAUCACAAAGGUUACUUCUGAGGAGCAGUAUAAGCAGCUUAUCGGCAGUGCUGCGGCUGUCUCAGUAGUUUUGUUCUCAGCAGAAUGGGCCGAACAGUGCAAACAAAUAAGCGACGUAAUGAAUGAACUAGCCAAGCAGCCAGAAUUUAAAACGACGCAGUUCGUGGACGUUCCUGCCGAAGAUUUAUCGGAACUAUCGAUGCACCAUCAAGUUGAUUCAGUUCCAACGGUAUUGUUCUUUCGCGCUGGGACUGCCAUCGAUCGUAUCGAUGGCGUAGACGUGGGCACACUCGCAACAAAGGCACGAAAGUAUGCCGGCACAUCGGCACCUAUUACAAACUCGAGUAGCAACAGCAGUUCUGUUAGUCUUGAGGAGCGCCUCAAAGGUCUGAUUAACCAAUCGAAAGUCAUGAUCUUCAUGAAGGGAGAUCGGCAUACACCACGCUGUGGAUUCUCCAAGCAGUUGAUAGCGAUCGUUAACGAAACGGGAGUGGAGUAUGACACAUUCGACAUUCUGACCGAUGAAGCCGUAAGACAGGGCCUGAAAACGUUCUCAAACUGGCCUACGUAUCCCCAGGUUUACGUUAGCGGCGAACUCAUCGGCGGACUGGACAUCAUUAAAGAGCUACUGGAGGGAGGAGAGCUAAAGGAAACGCUUAACCCGUAAAUGAUACAGCACAAUAAUACAACAAUCCAUUGGCUGGCAUGUUCAAUGUACGAAUGUGUUUGGUUGGUUUAUUUUUGAUUAAAUGCAGUAUCGGCAGCAAGCCUUCAGCAUAUUAAACAAACGAUGUACGUGUACGUGUGUAGAAGACUGCCAACGAAGAACGCAAUCGACUUUCGAACAGAUAGGUAAAGCUUGGUCUUUCAAAGGUGAAAUCGACUAAGUUCCUUUCAAAUGUCUGCCUUGCUUAUGACGAACGGAUUUGCAGAAGAGCGCGGUUUCGACCAACUUAAAUAAACAGGGGAACUAAUGAUGCACUA